AUGAGUUGGUUGUCGGACAGACGUCGAUUCGGGAAUGCGUUAUGCACCCGAAGGAAAUUACUAUCCGGAGACGAGGGACUCGCACCGAACCACCAUCCUCCUAACACCCCAGAGUCUGGAGAUGGUAGUAAACCAAUCACUCACAGGAAGGAUUCAUCGGAAUCCUCGACGACGGCCUCAUCAUCAUCAUCGUCGUCGGGUUUUUUAAGAUUCAGAAGAACUCCAGAUUGCGAAAUUAUGACGUCGAUACAAACGGCCAUAAAACAAACGGUUUCUUCCGUCGAUUUAAAACCAUCCCGUGAUUUAUUGAUCGAAGAUUUUAUGAAUUUCGAAAGUAUAAUUUUUCAAAACGAUGAUGGAACGACAACGACAAACACAACAACCACAACAAAUUACGGUAAGGAAUUUAAAUUUUACGAUUAUGCACCCGUUGCAUUUAAAUAUUUCCGCGGUUUGUUCAACAUAAAAACAAUCGAUUUCAUAAGGUCGAUGUGUUCGGAACCGUUGAAACAAUUGGAAACUUCCGGUUCUUCGGGUUCAAUUUUUUACGUCACGCACGACGAUACGUUCAUAUUGAAAACGGCUCAGCAAAGGGAAAGCGAUUUCUUACUCAAAUUAUUACCCGGUUACUAUUUGAAUCUCACACAAAACCCUAAAACUCUCCUCCCUAAAUUUUUCGGAUUUUACAAUUACAGCGGGGGUAAUAAAAACAUAAGAAUAUUAGUCAUGAACAAUUUGAUACCGACAAACGCAAUAAUACAUCAAAAAUACGAUUUGAAAGGUUCGACGAACAAACGUAAAGCAACGCAAUCGGAAUUGAGAAAAACAUUUCCGACUUAUAAGGAUUUAGAUUUUAUCGAACAUUAUCCCGAGGGUUUACUCCUCGAUCGGGAUACUUAUGCGGAAUUUUCCCAAGCAUUGCAAAGAGAUUGCAGAGUUUUGGAAAGUUUUAAAAUCAUCGACUAUUCCCUUUUACUCGCCGUUUAUUACAUGGAUAGAAACGAAUUGAACGCCGCAGAACUCGAAACGGGAAUACCCGCGAAAACCCCUUCCGGUGAACCCUUGCUCCUUUUCGUGGGCAUAAUAGAUAUUUUACAGAGUUACCAACUUCGUAAAAAAUUAGAACACACUCUCAAAUCGAUUUUUUACGAAAAGGAUUCCAUAUCCGUUCACCGUCCGGAUUUUUACUGUCAGAGAUUUCAAGAUUUCAUUUUGCAAACCGUUUUUCAACCCCCUCCCUCAUCAUCGAACAAAACGAAAAUUUUUAACGCGAAAAAUAAAUUGAAAUCCGAACCUUGUUCUUCGUCCCGUAAUAUUAAACAACACGAAGAUCACGAAUUGUCUCUCUCGUGGACCGCUUCCAACUCCGUGAAAUUUACCAAUAAAAAAUCGUCGUCGCAUUCUCUCACGGAUGAGGAAGAGGACGACGACGACGACGACGACGACGAUGACGAUGAUGAUGAUGAUCGGAUCAAAGGCGGCGGUGGUAAAAAAAUAAAAAAAACGACAAACAGGAUGAUAUCGAUCGCGUGUGACAAAAUCGACGAAGAAGUUAAAAAUGAUAAUUUGACUAAAACCCUCGUCGUCGUCGGUGAUGUCGAGGAUAAAAAUCCUUUGGAUAACGUCAAUGAAAAUAUUUCAUCUAUCGAUUCGAAAUUAUAA